AUGAUUCGAUGGCAUUCCUGCAUCAAUACGGCCCCGCAACCAACUACUUGUACGGUCGGUCUCAUCAGCAUGUCUCAAAGUAUUGGCAGUUCUAGUGCUUUGAUUCAAGAAGAAUCUGCCUUCAUGGAUCCGCGUACUGAUCGUCUUUCUGUCACACACCGUUGGCCCUCUGUGCAUCCGGGUAGUCAGUUGGCACCUGUUGGCCACUCGUAUUUAGCCGUUCCUAAUUCACCUCAUCCGAUUCCUCCUCCACCGGAAUAUCCUCCCCCACCGUUACCGACUGGUCCAAAUGAUUGGAUCGCGUCCGGUGAUCGACAGGAACAGCAUCUCUCGUUUCCUUCAACCGGCAAUGGCUAUUCCGAUACACGUGCACUCAGUCCAGAAGAGCAAAGACUAUUGUUCUGUGGUACAAAAACCGAACAGUCAAAUCCGAGUUCUACCUCAGCGUAUUACGCAUCUGGUGGUAUCUAUGCUCAAACCGAGGCAAACACUUCAUUAGUACCUUACACGGUGACGAAGAACACUUCACACCCUCCGUUUAACACUUCAUCGACUAAUUAUUUCCGUGGGUUGGACACUACCUAUGGAGCUCCCGGUUUGGUUACGCAAAACUACCAGGUCAACGCCUAUGGUGGGGCUGCUGCGGUUGUUCAAGAGCGAUCGCAGCCGGCAUUCAUUCACCGUCCCCAUCGAUCGCAUUCAUCGGGAUUGAGGAGUGGAGAGGGUAGUAGCAGUGGUCGAUCCACCACCAGUGGUCUGGGUAGCGGCAGCACCAAAUUCACCAAUGGUGGUCGCUUGCCUGACGCUUCCACCUCCGGUCGUGGUGACCGCAAUCACAAUUCCACAUGUUUUAAGUGUCUCACUGUGUCCAGAAUUGCGGAUCUGAGCAGGGGCUCAAUUUCGGGAAGUGAUUCAUCGUCCGGUUCCGGUGCUCGCGUCAGUCACAAACAGCAGCAAAUCAGUAGCAUGAUCAAUUCGGUCAACUUGUCCACCAAUCCGGAACGGUUGAAAUUGCUCCCGGUUGGAGCAUCCCCUUCCACGCAUCCGGUCCUGACUUCCGCAAACAGUUCACACCCGUUCGCGAAUAAUCACGGUCAUCCAUCCAUUACUAAUGCCGAAUUGAUGUCCUCAGUCUCCUCCAACUGCGUUAGUCAACCACCUCCUUUACACGCAGUUCCCUUGCAUUCGACCGGAUCUGUCUAUCCGCACCAUCCUAUUCGGACAGCUGAACACGGACCCCUGGUUGUGUGUAACCCGGGUGUCAACGAUUCGUCGGUAUCAACUUCGAGUGCCGGUGUUUUGUUGAACCGAAUGGACCAGCUAAAUAAUGGUACAAUCGGGUAG